AUGGAGAAACGGCAGUUCGACCUUGGUGGUACAGGAACCACGAGUGGGCUUGGCUCCCUGACUUCUCUUUUUUCUGACAUUCCCAGUCUGAGCUCCCUGGGCUCCGACGACGACUUGAGUGGCUUGAGUGACCUGAGCGACCUGAGCGACUUGGAUGACUUGACCACUCUGCCAACCUCGCUCAGUAGUCUGUCCAGCCUCGCUACCCGAACUAUCAAAAAACGGCAGUUCGAGCUCAGCGACUCAAGUCUGACCUCUCUCUUCUCCGACAUCCCAAGUCUAAGCUCCCUGAGCUCUUCUGACGACUUGAGCGACCUGGGCGACUUUAGUCUUCCAACGUCGCUGAGCAGUCUUUCCAGCCUUACCAGCGAUCUGCCCAGCUUCAGUCUGCCCACUGAUCUCUCCAGUCUCAGCGAUCUUAGCGACUUGAGCGACCUCGAUGAAUUCCGACGCAGGGCUAAACGCGCGACCGUGUCAUCGACCAUGAACGGCGUGACUGAGAACAGCACCUGUGAGCCUUUGACGCUCAUCUUUGCUCGUGGAACCGGGGAGCUAGGAAACAUGGGGACCGUCAUUGGACCUUCUCUUGCGACGGAACUGCAGACUUUGACUGAUAGCAAAGUCACCAUCCAGGGUGUGAACUAUGAUGCAUCCAUCGCUGGCGACGCAACAAUGGGCGAAGAUGGUGGCUCCGACAUGGCGACUCUAGUCAAGACCGCGCUUUCAAACUGCCCUGAUACCAAGGUUGUUCUCGGCGGAUACUCUGAGGGUGCGAUGGUGGUUCACAAUGCGGCGAGCAGCCUUACUGCUGAGCAGGUGACUGCUGCCGUGCUCUUCGGCGACCCAUUGAAGUUUGAGAGUGUUGGUAAGCUCUCCACCAGUGAUGUGAAGGAGUUCUGCGCCACUGGAGAUCCCGUUUGUGAGAAUGGGGAGGAUGUCAUUGCGCAUCUUUCUUAUGGAUCUGAUGCGACUACCGCUGCGACAUUCUUGGUCAAGGCAGCUGGACUUUCGACUAGCUCUUAG